AACCAGGCACACCGCGUGUCGUAUAAAUUAAAUCAACGCCGAGGAAAAAUUGUUUAUUGAACUUUUAUCGCUCGAUAAGCGCACAGGAUCUACCGUCCGCCUGUUUUCCGUGCAAGUUCUGGAUCGCCGAGAGAUUGCUUCGCAGCGCAUAGUGCGGGGUGAUAUUUCAGUUUGGACGACGGUCAACGUUUGCGAACGUGUGCCACCAAAAACGGGGCGUUGGGUCGCGAUUUUAUUUGCAGAGAACAAAAGCAAAUUAAACAUUUCGCGUUAGUUUUUUUCGAACACAAUGAUGCUGAUGUCCCAUAAUCCCUACAACCCAUCAUCGGAUAUGCCGAUGCCUUCGGCCAAGGAGCAAACGUUGAUGUGGCAACAAAAUUCGUACAUGGUUGACUCCGGUAUCCAUUCCGGAGCGGUAACACAGGCCCCGUCUCUCAGUGGCAAAGAUGACGACAUGGAGGACGAUCCGCUGAUGUUCGAUAUGGACCAAGGAUUUUCGCAGAAUUUCACCCAGGAUCAGGUCGACGAUAUGAAUCAACAGCUGAGCCAGACGCGCUCGCAGCGCGUUCGUGCCGCAAUGUUCCCCGAGACUCUCGAGGAGGGCAUCGAAAUUCCGUCGACACAGUUCGACCCGCAGCAACCGACGGCAGUUCAGCGCCUGUCCGAACCAUCCCAGAUGCUUAAGCAUGCGGUGGUCAAUCUGAUUAACUAUCAGGACGAUGCUGAUCUCGCCACGCGCGCCAUUCCGGAGUUGAUCAAGCUGCUGAACGAUGAAGAUCAGGUCGUUGUUUCCCAGGCCGCUAUGAUGGUACAUCAGUUAUCAAAGAAGGAGGCUUCACGUCAUGCCAUCAUGAACAGUCCCCAGAUGGUGGCUGCUUUGGUUCGUGCUCUGUCCCAGAGCAAUGAUCUCGAGACGACAAAAGGAGCGGUGGGAACGCUGCACAAUUUAUCACACCACCGUCAAGGUCUUCUGGCGAUUUUCAAAUCCGGUGGAAUCCCAGCGCUCGUCAAACUCCUCUCCUCACCAGUCGAAUCUGUGCUGUUCUACGCAAUCACGACACUCCACAAUCUGCUGCUCCACCAGGACGGAAGCAAAAUGGCCGUUCGCCUGGCCGGUGGUCUGCAGAAGAUGGUAGCUCUGCUGCAGCGUAAUAAUGUUAAAUUCUUAGCCAUCGUGACCGAUUGCCUGCAGAUCCUUGCCUAUGGUAAUCAGGAAAGUAAACUGAUCAUCCUUGCUUCCACAGGGCCAAGCGAGCUGGUCCGCAUCAUGCGCUCGUACGACUACGAGAAGCUCCUCUGGACAACUUCCCGUGUGUUGAAAGUACUGUCCGUUUGCUCGAGCAACAAGCCAGCAAUCGUUGAAGCGGGUGGCAUGCAAGCACUUGCUAUGCAUUUGGGAAAUCCAUCCCAGCGUCUAGUCCAGAACUGUCUCUGGACGUUGCGCAAUUUGUCGGAUGCUGCCACCAAAGUGGACGGCUUGGAAACGCUUCUGUCCGGUUUGGUAACCGUUCUCGGUUCGUCGGACGUUAACGUCGUAACUUGCGCCGCAGGCAUUCUCUCCAACCUUACGUGCAACAAUCAACGCAACAAGGUUACCGUCUGCCAGGUGGGUGGUGUCGAAGCCCUCGUCGGUACCAUCAUCAACGCUGGGGAUCGCGAGGAAAUCACCGAACCAGCCGUGUGCGCACUGCGUCACUUGACGUCACGUCAUCCGGAGUCGGAGACGGCACAGAACAUUGUUCGUAAUGGAUACGGUCUGCCGGUGAUCGUGAAGCUACUUAAUCCACCAUCGCGCUGGCCCCUGAUCAAGGCGGUCAUUGGACUGAUUCGCAAUCUGGCGCUCUGUCCGGCCAAUGCGGGACCGCUGCGCGAGAACGGAGCGAUCCAUCUGCUGGUGCGGCUGCUCUUCAAGGCGUUCCAGGACACACAGAGGAACGGUAAUAUGCCUUUCCAGCAACGCUCGUCGGUCGCCACCAAUGGUUCGCAGGCCCCGAGCGCGUACGCAGAUGGCGUCCGCAUGGAGGAAAUCGUCGAAGGCACGGUCGGUGCCUUGCAUAUCCUCUCGAAAGAAGAACUCAACCGACAGCUCAUCCGCCAACAGAACGUUAUCCCGAUCUUCGUGCAGCUGCUGUUCUACAACGACAUCGAAAAUAUUCAGCGCGUGGCUGCCGGCGUUCUGUGCGAGCUGGCUGUUGAUAAGGAGGUGGCAGAGAUGAUCGAAGCCGAGGGGGCUACCGCACCGCUGACCGAGCUGCUCAAUUCAGCGAACGAAGGUGUCGCCACCUACGCGGCUGCUGUGCUCUUCAAGAUGAGCGAGGACAAAUCGAUGGACUACAAGAAGCGCUUCUCCAGCGAACUCACAACGCUACCCGUGUUCCGCGACGACAGCAUGUGGAACAACGGUGAGCUUGGGAUAGGGCCGGAUCUACAGGACAUACUUUCGCCCGAUCAGGCGUAUGAGGGCCUUUACGGACAAGGUCCCCCCAGUGUGCACAGCUCGCACGGUGGUCGUGCAUUCCAACAAGGAUAUGACACACUGCCGAUAGAUUCGAUGCAGGGUUUGGAGAUCGGCGGCAACGGUAGUGGUGGCGCUAACAACGGCAGCAACGGCAACGGUGGUCCACCGUCCGGCCAGCCGACAUCGCCGUACGCAAUGGACAUGGACGUAGGCGAGAUGGAUGCCAGUGAACUGACUUUCGAUCACUUGGAUGUUAUGCCAUCGCCGCCACAGGACAACAAUCAGGUGGCCGCCUGGUACGAUACUGAUCUCUAAAGGGCGCGCGCUCGCCGCGGUAGAUCGGAUCCGAAUGCGAAUGCGCAUGCGUGUGUUCUGACGCAAUCUUAUUCAUUUUAAAAACAGCAUAUUUUGUUUCGCCUUAUAAACACACACAAACAUUUUAAUCUAGAUUUAGUAGUGCUUCCAACUAUUAUAUUGAUGAGAACGAAAUCCGCGGAAACAUUCGGGCAGCUAAUGUUUUGUUUUGUUUCUUUUUUGUGAUACCAAUUUUGAACUGAUUUCAAAGGCAGCGCUGAUCGGAUCAAUUGCGGUUGGAAGUAUAUAGCUUUUACAUAAAUGUUUUACAUGAAUGCUUUAUGAUUUUAAGCAACAGUGCAAAACCAUCACAUAAUUAUAUUACAUAAUUAUUGAAAGCGAAAUUCAAGCAGUCGCUCAAAAUGUUUUUUUAAACUUCAGCUAGAUCCAUAUAUUUAUACAAACCGAUAAAAAAUUUAUUUAAUGUACUGAUGUUUACUACCGCAAUUCAACGUUGUUGUGCCGACCGCGGAAAAUACGAGCGAGCCAAUUUUGGCUCGCCAGAUUGGAAACAAAGAUUUUAUAAGGAGGAAAAAAGAAAUGAGUGGAACUCCAGUAUUGCAACUAGAAAGCAACGAUUGCGACAAAAUCAUAUUGAAUCUAAAACAAUUAGAAUAAAUGUUAUCAUACAGAAAGGAAAAUUCGAAUCACAGACGAACACUGCGGAUGGAGGGCGCAGCUUGCCCGAGUUAGUUGCAACAGGCUGCGUCAUCUUGGCGGUGAAACCGAACAAAAAUGAAGUAGAAAAAAUCACUCAGCUAAUUAUUGAUUAUCUUUGAAAAUCUGUCAGAUAGAGUCAUACAUACACAGAAACAACACAUACACACACAUUCAACAAACGAAAGGAGCUAACGAGAACCUUCACCGAUGAGAUGAGUAGCAAACCCCAAUUUGUAGUUUGGUAAGAUUAUUAGAUGGAAACUGUGUAAUACUGUCACGCGCGUAUCUUGUUAUUACUAUAGAGGAUUGAUCAGGCACACCCUCUUUUAGUUUUCGAUUAUCGCAUCCGGUCAGUUCCCGUUUGUACUCUCGCCGCCGCUAAACGCCGCCUUACACACAUCGUGUGUACAAUUAUUUUCCCCCGGUUUGUGCUUUUAUCAUAAGCAAUCGCUGAGACGAUCUUUUUUUUAAAAAAAACAUUCUUUUUGGUACAUUUAUUUACAUAAACAACUAACUCAGAAAGGGCACGAACGGGCCACGGCCAGAAGUUGCGGUGCUUUCUGAGUAAUGAUUCAGAGGGAAGAAAAGUUGAAAAGUGAAAACGAUUAUUGCGAUUUGGAGCGAUUAAUGAAUUAUUAAAAAAAUAUUAAACAUUAUAUGAUGAAGCAAAACUUCCUUUCAGUAUAUAAGAAAAACGUAAGGAGAAAAAUAUAUUAAAAACUAUACAAAUCUA